UGUUUGCGUAGCGCAGGACGGUGUUUUUGUUGUGCUGAUCAGCUGAAUGUGGGAUCGCAGUUCCAGUUUGACAGGGAAGAGGGAAAGCCCCCCGACCGUCCCGAUCCGGCGAGGAUCCGCACCGCACACGCUGCCACAUUCCCGCGGAGAUGCGCACCGCCGCUGCACUGUGGAAUAAAUGGCCGCAGCUCACACGCCGCUGUCAGGACCAGCCAUGAGGACACUUACAACUGAUGCAUAGGACUGCUGAUGAUCUAUCAGAAAGAGCAACCCGACGAAAAGCCACUGGAACCCAGAGCAAACCCGCCACGCCCGGAGCCCAGCAGAGCACAGAGGUGUAACAAAGCCUGGAACCACUCCCUUUGCCGCUCAGGAUGAAGUGAGUCGACCUGUGAAAACACACCUGCCACAGAGUCUGUGGAGUAGCAGCCGGAGACAGCCUCACAGGGCCUGAGGAAGGAGCGGAGCAGAGCGGAGCGAGAAUCAGCCGGCCCAGCAACGCAGCCCCCCGAGGCCAACCGCAGCGCCCGGACAGGGGGGGGGGAGGAGGAGGCUGGCGCGGAACUCAGUCCCGAGCGCGAGCUGUCAGCCACUGGCAGCCUGACGAGCCGAAGCAUGGCGGGCCCAGGAUGGCGGGGAGGGAUGGAGCGGGGCAGAUGAUGGACCGCAGCCGCCUGCCAAGAUGCUGCUCUUAGCGUGCGUUUGAGCCCCCCGCCAGUCACGCCAAUGCCUUUCGGCCAAAACCAAAAAAAGUAACUGACCUUCACUCCCCCUCCCCCCGAGGGAAAACCUUUUUUUUUGGGAACUACGCAGAAGAAAAAGAAGCUGAUUGACUCUUCCUGUUGACACAAAAAAGAGCUUUUCGGUAACCCCCCUUCAACGACCCGCCCCCCUCCUCCCCACCCCGCCCUCGCGGGGCCCGAUUGAUGUCUUUAUUAUCAGGGGGCUGGGCUUUGCAGCUCUGUGACUGAGUCGAUGAGGCUGCUGGGCCUGACUUAGACUGAAGCAUUCCCAGCGUGUACCUAAGGAGGCCUCCUCCCCACUCUAUGGAGGCCAAGCACAGCCAGCCGGCCAGUGGGGAACGGUCUGGAGGGCAAGAACAGUCCCUGUCCGAGCCCGCCCUCGCGGGGCACCUCCGCGAGGCCCCCUCCCGACCCCCCCAUGGCUCCCACGGCCGGCACCACCACCACCGGCAGCCCAAGCGGGGGGACCUGGAGAGGCAGCUGCUCCAGCUGCAGCAGCAGUCGCCCUCCGCGGCGGGGGCGGCCUGGCAGCUGAUGGAGGCCCCGGGCCCCUCCGGAGGGACCUUCCCUCCCUCCUCCUCCUCCUCCUCGUCCUCAACCCGCGGCUCCCACACCCAGGUGGCCUCGCCCCACCCCGGUAAGGAACCCCAGGAGGGCGCCCCCACCAGGCGGGAGCGGAAGCCGCAGAAGCCGGGGAAGUACGUGUGUACCUACUGCGGCCGGCCCUGCGCCAAACCCAGCGUCCUCCAGAAACACAUCCGCUCCCACACGGGGGAGCGGCCGUACCCCUGCACCCCCUGCGGCUUCUCCUUCAAAACCAAGAGCAACCUGUACAAGCACCGCAAGUCCCACGCCCACCGCAUCAAAGCCGGCCUGGCCUCCUCCCGGGAGGACUACGGCCUGAGCGGGCCUGAGGGGGGGCCCCUGGGGGAGGACCAGGAGGAGCCCACGGAGGGCGAGAGCACCGACUCCGAGGACGAGACCGGCCAGCACGCACCGUCCUCCUCCUCUCAGGAGAAGCUGGCACAGCAGAAGAGCAGCGGCAGCGUGGAGCUGUCGGGCUCUGAGGACACCCAGCGGGCCGAGGACUCCCACGCCGUGAAGCAGAGGCUGGCCAUGCGUCUGAGCGAGAGGAAGCGCGUGCCCAUGGUGUCCCCCGACGACCCCCCCUCGUCCCUCGGCCCCGGGAGCAAGGGAAGCACAGAGUCCGGCUACUUCUCCCUCUCGGGGAGCGCGGACCUGUCCCAGGUGAGCCCCCCCAACGCCAACGCCAAAAGCUAUGCCGAGAUCAUCCUCGGCAAGUACGGGCGGCUGGGACAGCAGCAGAGAAACCCUCAUCAGCACCACCUUCAGUCCUCCUCCUCUUCCUCCCUGGGGCAAGAGGAGAAGUCCAUCCCUUUCACGGUGCCCAAGACGCAGGUCAUCGAGCACAUCACCAAACUCAUCACCAUCAACGAAGCCGUGGUGGACACCAGCGAGAUCGACAGCGUCAAGCCCAGGAGGUCCUCCCUCUCCAGGAGGAGCAGCAUCGAGUCGCCCAAGUUCUCCGCCCUCAAGGAGCCAUACGUGUUCGAGCCCAAGGGCGAACCGCCCGGCCCCAGUAGCAGCAGCGGCGCCGGCUCCGUGGGCGUGGGGGGCUUUUCAGAUGAAUCAUUCCGCCCGCAGUUCCCCAAGGUGGACUUGCUGGCCAGCCAGGCCUCCACAGUGCCUCUUCUGAGAAGUCACUCAAUGCCUUCACCAGCGGGUCAGGUCGACCCCGCCGGCGCUGCCUCCCGUAGCUUCCGACUCACCCAGUCCUUUGACGAGCAGCAGGCCGUGGCGGCGGAGCUGCGGGUCGGCCACCAUCACCGCAUGCUCAGACGCCAGCCCGCCAUCGAGGUCCCCCUCGGGGCCGAGUUCAUUCCCGAGGAGGCCGGCCCUUCCUCAUCCCUCACCUCCACCUUGACCUCCUCCUCUUCCUCCUCCUCCUCCUCCGCCACCGUCACCACGGCGUCCGACCCCGGUCGCAAGCAGCGGCGGGGGCCCCGGCUCUACGAGUGCGAGGCCUGCGGAACUCGCUGCAAGAAGCGGGAGAGCUACGAGACCCACCGGCGCAGCUUCUGCGCGGCGCGUCUGUCGCAGGACCCCGAGAGGGUGGCGGCAGCAGAGAGCGCCACUUACCGCGAGGACCGUCCGCAGAUGAUGCAUUACAAGUUCAGGGCCAUGGCUGUAGCAGUACGCAAGAGGAGGAAAGAGGAGAGCCUCGAGGAGGACCCUCCCAGCCCGGGGCCGGCGGCCGUAUCCUUCCCUCCCACCGCUAACACCUCCAUAUCGGGCAGAGAAGAGUGCUACCCGCGGGAGAGCCCCGCGGGAACCUCGUUGCAGGCAGAACAGGACCGGAAGAGCACCUGGAAGGAGAUCUCCGUCAUCCAGCACACCAGCUCCUUCGAAAAGCAGGAGAGCAUGUCCACGGAGAGCCAGGAGAAGGAGGACAAGUCAGUCGUCUCACCGCCUCCUCCUCCUCGAGAGGAACUCCAGCCCAAACUGCCACCGCAACCCCAGCAGCAGCAGCAGCAGCAGCCCCCGCCGCCGAAACCACAUCCCUUUUCCAGGCUGGUCCGCCAGCACAACAUCCAAGUGCCGGAGAUUCUGGUGACCGAGGAGCCGGACGCCGAUAUGGUGCUGGCGUCCCCACCGGCGGCUGCCGCCUCCUCGGCCAAGGAGCCCGAGAAGGUAGAGGAGUUCCAGUGGCCUCAGAGGAGCCAGAGUCUGGCCCAGCUCCCCGCCGAGAAGCUGCCACCAAAGAAGAAGCGCCUCCGGCUUGCCGAGGCAGCCCAGUCAUCCGGGGAGUCCAGCUUUGAGUCCGUCUCGCUGCCCCGCAGCCCCAGCCAGGAGAGCAGCAUCUCUCACACCUCCAGCCGCUCCGCCUCCUUCGAGGAGUCCGGGAAGCCCGACUCCGAGAUGCAGCCCACGCCGGCGGUGGCCUCCAGGGGUGCUCAGGGGUCCCACAUGCUGACCGUCCCCUCCGGCCUUCACCAGCACCACCACCCGCACCGGGAGAUGCGCCGAUCAGCCUCGGAGCAGGCCCCUGCCAGCACCCAGCACCCCGUCCAGAUCGUGGAGGCCCGCAGCAAGUCGUUUGACUACGGCUGCCUGUCCCCGCAGCGCACCGCCGCCGCCUGGAAGGAGAGGCGCAAGUGUCUCCUGGUGAAACACGGCACUCUGGGGGAGCCUGACCAGGAAGAGCAGCCUGCCGGCCCGCCGGCCAAAACCGAAGCCCCGCAAUCUUGUGUGCCGUACCCCAGCCACCACGUACCUCCUCCCGCCGAGCCCGGCACUGCCUGCUCCUCCUCCAGACUCAGCCCGGACUCCGCAGGCAAGUCCCUGCAGGUCUUUCAGUCCCCGGUGCCUCCCCUCUCCCCGUCGGUUUUCCCGCUGCAUUCGCCAGCCCCCGAGGGGUUCGCCCAGGGGCAGAUGGCUCAGCUCUUCCCCUCCGCCCCGGGCAUCACCGAGGUGCUGUCUGCUCAGAUCAUUCCCAGGGCCUUCCUGCACACCACGCCGCCACAGCUCCGCAUCGCCGAGCGACUUGGACUCCCCAUCCAGCCCUUUCCCCCCCUCCUCCCCCUGCAGUACCCCAGUGGGGCAGCCCAGGCCCUCUACCUCCCAAUGCCGAGUGGGCUAACCCUCCACGUCCCCACCGAGCACCCCUCCCUGGAGUCCAAGGCGUCUCCUUCUCCCUCACAGAGUCUCUCCACCCACCUGCACCCCCAGACCCACCCGCACCCUCGCCCCGUCAUCGCCCCUUGCCUAGAGCAGCUCUCGCCGGUGGUGUCGCUGGUGGUGCCAGUCCGCCUCCAGACCCACGUCCCAACCUACGCCAGCGCCAUGUACACCACGCUUUCCCAGAUCCUGGUCACCACUCGGACCCAGGAGCCGGUCUGCUGCUCCGCCAUGGUCAUAAUGGGUAAGCUGCCGGAGCACAAGCUGCGGAGCCCCUACUUGAAGAUCCCGACGCCUGACUUCAAGAGCUACCUGCCCAUGACCCUGCCGCUGGAGUUGGGGGCCGGGGUGAGCUCGGAGGAAGGGUAUGGGCCAUCAGGCGUGGGAGGGAGUAAGCGUAUGCUCUCUCCAGCGGGUAGCCUGGAGCUUAGCGCCGAGGCGCAACGACAGCAGAAACGAGUCAAGGAGGAAGAGGAGGAGGAGGAGGAGGAAGAUGAUGAAGAUGGCGGUGAUAAGGAAGGGAGCAGUCAGGCCAGAGGUGUAGGAGGAGGGAAGGGCAAGGAGAAAGUGGCAGUAGAGACUGUCAUGGUGCCCGAAGCAGAGGCUAAAGUGGAGGAGGCGAAGGAAGAGGAGUCAAAGGAGGACAGGAAGGAGUCCACGCAAGACAAGGCUGAACUCCUGAAAGAAGAGGAGGAGGUGGAGGAGGGCCAAAGGACCGCCCCGAGAGUUCAAAGCCCAGACAGUCGGAAGGGACCCGCGUACCCAAGCCUUCACACCACCACCUCAGUCAGCUGGUGCUACCUGAACUACAUCAAGCCCAACCCCUCGCCCCAGAGGGACCCACAGACCUCCGUCUACUCUUCAUGGUGCAUCAGCGUACACAACCCCAACCUACCCGGCCUGUCCACCAGGGCGGCGCUCUCACUGCUGCGCUCCAAACAGAAGCACAGCCAUGAGACGUACACCAUGGCGACGGCACCGCACCCGGCCUCCGGCAAGCUGGUCCCCGCCAGCUCAAGGAAGCCCCGCAUGUCUGAGGUACGUUCCACCCAGCCGAGCGUCCCCGUCGAAGUGAAGGAGGCGGCGCCCUCCGAGAAGGAGGAGGAGAAGAAGGGGAAGAGGGACGACGAGGCGCCCUCCACGUCGAAACGCGGCGAGCCGUCCCGCAUCCGGAUCUUCGAGGGCGGUUAUAAGUCCAAUGAGGAGUAUGUGUAUGUGCGUGGCCGGGGGCGGGGGAAGUACGUGUGUGAGGAGUGUGGGAUUCGCUGCAAGAAGCCCAGCAUGCUGAAGAAGCACAUCCGCACCCACACCGACGUCAGGCCCUACGUCUGCAAGCACUGCAACUUCGCCUUCAAAACCAAAGGGAACCUCACUAAACACAUGAAAUCAAAGGCUCAUGGGAAGAAGUGCCAGGAAAUAGGGGUUUCUGGGUCCUCCCUGGACGAGCUGGAGGCCGAGGAAGGAGCAGGAGGCAGUGAGGAGCGUGCAGGCGGGUCAGAGGACCAAGAGGAGCACCAGUUCUCCGACGUGGAAGACUCCGAGGAUGACGACGACAACGAGGAAGAGGAGGAGGAGGAGUCGUCCUCGCACGACGAGCCGCCGUCCUCCUGCUCUCCCGACACACGCCUGUCCAGCGGGGGGCGCUCUGACAGCGGGCAGCCCUCGCAGCGGAACACCCCCGAGCCCCACCUCCCCGGAGCCCAGGAGAGAGAGCCUGGCCCCAGCCAGCAGGACUACCCGUCACCCAGGAGAUUCUGGCCUAGCAGGCGCGCGGCGUCCCCGGGCAGCAAGAGGGCGCUGUUUUCCCACCGGCACUGGGAGGCGUCCCCGCGGGCCUUCUCCCCGAGUGGCGAGGGCUCCCCGCUGCGUCACCUGUCCCCGGGGCGUGGCCUGUCCCCGGGGCGUGGCCUGUCCCCCGCGAGGGAGGUGUCCCCCCUCCGCUGCCCCUCCCCGAGACUGGAGCUGUCCUCUCCCGGCCGCCACCUCUCCCCGUCCCCCGAAAGGGGUCUGUCCCCCAUCCGACCGCUGUCCCCGCUCCGGCCUCUCUCCCCGAGCCGGUACUCCAGCCCACGCGCCCUGCCCUCCCCCGCGCCUCUCGGAGCCCCCCCCAGACCCCGCGGCUCUCCCACCCAGCCCCCGGGGGACACGCCCAGCACCGAGGUCAUCGAGAGCAAGCAGGAGAAGAGCGGCUUUCCGCAGGAGGGUCCCGUCUUUGCGGAGGCCUCCCUCUUCCCCCCGGCGCUGCGCCUCUCCCCCUCGCUGGGGGAGUUUUCGGGCCACGCCCCACCGCGGCCCGCGGACCACGUCUUCAGCCACCUGCCCCUGCACUCCCAGCGGCCGUCCCGCACCCCCUAUGUCAUGAUCCCCAUCGGGGGCAUCCAGAUGGUGCAGCCCUGGCCCAGCUCACACCCCAAACUCGCCCCGGGUCCCGCCGCCGCUGCCGCCUCCCUUCCCGCCCUCCGGGGCGAGGGCGCGGGCCGGCCUCCGGGCGGGAAGGGGGGCGCGUCCCCGGGGACGAGCGGGCGCGGCGCUCACGAGGACUACAGGGUACAGGAAGAGGAAGCGGGAACCAGCCAAUCAGGGCUCUGCGUGGGGAGGCAGGGCACGCCCAGUGCGGGCCACACGCCGCCCAGAAAACAGCUUUCUCAGAUGGGUGGGGAAGAUCCCACAGACACGGGCAUGAAGCAAUAUGGCAGCUCACGCACUUACUCCCAGACUAGCACUUUGGUCGCGGAGACGACAGACGCUCAGACUUCAGACAGCAGCUCCGGUCCAGGAAGGUCUCCGGGCCCCUCCUCCAGCCAACCAGCUCCUCCCACACAAAGGACUAGACAGCUCUCUGAUAGGGAGGGACCCCCCGGGGGGCGGAGCAGGAGGCGUGGCUCAGAAUCAGCCGGGGGAGGGGUUGGAGGAAGAGUCACGGCCAGUGCAAGCAAAAACAAAGACAGCAAAACAGGAAGCACUUAACAGUCUCCGCCCCCUGAUUCUGUUUAUGGAAUCACUAAAGCUUUUUAUUAUUACAUUUUUUUGUUCUUGAUGUUUUGUAUGGUUCAGUUUUUAUACAA